UCUAUAUAAAUAAGGUUCUAAAUUCAAAUGAAGUUAUUAAACACUGAGUAGCAAAGAUGAUUUUCACUGUGUUACUAGUUCUUACCUAUGCUCAUGUUGCUUUUCUGGAAGAGUAUGUGAUUCCUGACAACAUCGAUAUUGAUGAUAUUCUCAAAAAUGAUCGUUUACUAACAAAUUAUGUAAACUGUCUUUUGGAUAAAGGAAGAUGUACACCAGAAGGAAAAAAGCUUAAAAGUACAAUACCAGAUGCUCUUAAUUCAGAUUGUGCAAAAUGUAACGAGAAAGUGAAAGAAAGUGUAAAAAAAGUUUUGCACCACCUUAUAGAUAAAAAGCCUGAUAUGUGGAAUAAGUUAGAAGCUAAAUAUGAUCCUUCUGGAGAAUUCAAAAGGAAAUAUAAAGAUGAACUUGCGAAAAAUGGAAUAUAUGUCUAAUGUAGGUACUCGCACUUUCUGUAGAUGUAAAUAUGUGCAGACUGUCUAAUAAAACAAGAUUUUCGUAAAUACA